CUGCCCACACUCUCGCUCUCUCUCCCACUCCCACACAUACACUGCCGACCCUCUCUCCCACUUCGCACGCCCCCAUCCCAUCCUCAACCCACUUCUGCUCGUUCUCUUUUCUGCCCACUCCCCCCCUUUUUCCUCCUCGGAGCACCGCAGGCGCCCUGCUUUGGCCUUCGCUCGAGCAGCGCGCGCGACCCUCCAAAUCCUGGUCGCCGUCUUGUUUAUCGAUCGGUCCUGCCGCUGUCUGCGGCCGCGUGAGCGGGAAAGAGAGAGCGUGUGUGCGCGAGAGCGCGAGAGGAAGCGUGAACGAGUGGCAGGAAGGGAAAGAGAGCGUGUGUCUGCGUGCGCGCGCGUGUGAAUGCGUCGCACACUCGUCCGUCUGUUUCAGGACACCUUCGCGUAGCCAAGUCACGAUUUGUCACCGCGAAGCCAACACCGCACAUCCAAGCCCAGCGACUGCGGAUCGGGCUGUUGUCGCGGCUUCGAAUGGACACGCCCUCUGCUCUGACUGCUGCGCACCUGGAGGUGUGAAUCGUAGGCUGGCCGUCUCCGCCGUCACUGCCUGCUUCCACCAACCCGCCCGCCAACUCACCUCCCAACACAAGCGAUCGGUACAGUCGCUGGACACUGUCUGCAUCUGGAAACCGCGCUCCUGGUGUGCUGAGAGCACAUCCACCCCUUCUGUUCACCACCCGCCUUCUUGGUCACUGCACGGCGUCAUCCUGUGCCGUCGCAACCGCAUCCAUGGACUGGUCGUACUCACCCCAUCGCGAGGCCGGUGGCACACUCCACGUACCUUCGCCAACGCAUUCGCCCCACUACGACGCCAUCGCCCUGCAGAAGCUGCGGCGAUCGCUGUCGCGGUCUCCGUCCAAACCGACGCGCCUACAGCUCACCACCCGCUCGCCUGCUGCGUCGGCGAACAACCCGCCUCCUUUGUCGCCAUACGACGUCGUGCGCGCAGUCAGCCCCGUUCUGGCAAAGGACAGUCAGCACAUGGCCUCUUGGUCGCCGCUUGCGGAGCCACGCACGAUCCAGCGACCCAAGUUCGCGCUUAGACGCGUCGCCCCAUUCCGAUCCUCGCCCCGGCUGAACAAUGCCGGCCGCGCAUCCAUUCGCAAAGUGCUGACCGACACGUCCAACCAAGGAAACCUGACGCCUUCGCUGUCCCGAAGAAACUCGGGAGACGAGAACGACUCGUCCUCGAGCAGCGAGCAGUCACCCGAGGCGAAGACUGGCGCAAAGACGCCGGCCUUGCGCACGCCUCGACCGGACGAAGCACCUCCGUCUUUUGACUUCAGUCAGACGAACCCGAGCCAUCUCGCGACCAUGGCCGAGCACUUCACGCCGGCCAAGUCCAGUCCGCUGAAGCGCGUGGACGGGAGGAUAAGUUUGGACCAGCCGAACUACGGAACGCCCGCGAAGCGUCGAAGUCUCCACGGCUCUUCGGACUUUGACAUCUUCUCGCACAGCGUGACGAGUCUCCCAAGUGAGAGCGAGCCGACCAGAGCGUCGGAACCGGAACCUGCUACCACAACGCCGUUUGGAUCGCCAGCGUUGCGCCGAUCGUCAUCCACGCGCAAGUCUGCCCUCCUGCGGCAGACGCCCGCUCCAGCGAGAAAUCGCUACAGUCUAGACUUUUCCAAUGAAAACGCCACGCCCUUGCCGGCCGCCCAAAAGGCCCGGCAACGCGCGUCGCUGGAUUCAUCGUUCUUGCUGGGCCCGCAGCAAGAGUCACCCUUCGUGAAGCCUGCGCGCCCGGCUCCCACGAGCGUAGUCUUUGGAAGAAGCUCCGCUCUGUCCCGUUCGACGGCUGGGCAGCCCCAUCCGCUUUCGAACGCCCUGACUGCGUCGUCGGCAUCUUCUGGCUCAAGCCUUGCCGACAGCAGCCCAAGCAACACGGCCUUCGCAGCACCCUCUGCACCCAAGAAGUAUCAGCAUAGCUUCGCAAAGUCUCUGCCUUUGGGCGUGCCGCGUCCAACCGAGAGCUUCUCGAGUCAGGACACCCAGAGUUCCUUCGAAACCCCGGAUCUGUACAAGUUUGCACGGCCGAACCCCAACGCUUUCAUGUCGACCGGCGUCAUCUCCAAACGGAACCGAAAUCUAGACGUCUCGAACGAGCCGGUCUACCAGAUGCCAGACACGCCCUCCAAGCGUGCAUCUUUUCCUCCGGUCACGGCCUCGCCGUUUCCGAGCAGCGCAUUCAAGAAGAUUGGCCGGCCGAAGCUCGAUUUCGGAGUGCCUACUUCCCCGUUCGUGGCAACUGCCCAUACGCCGGGCGGCUAUCCGAAGGCCGAGAUCAUGUUCCCGCCCAUUUCGAAUGCUGGUCUGGCACGAAAGACCAGCUUUAUGAGCAACGACGGCGAGAAUCUGACCGGCUCGCCUUCCGCCCCGAACGACAGUCAGUCGAGCGCUGAUGAGCUUCCCCCAACGCCGACAAAACCGGCCGGCAAGAAGGAGAAAGAGAACAGCCUGCGAAGCAGCCUAUUUGGACGCCGGACGUCCCUAAAUCCUGAUACAUUUGUGCCUCCAAGUGCUGCACCUGCUGGUUCUAGCACCGAGGACGGAGAUCGUAAGUCACUCACAUUUUCUUAUCUUCGAGACGGUCCGAAAAAUGGCGAAGAGUUAGACGUGGCAGGUGAAGACUUAACUGCCUCCACCCGCGAACGCACACAGUUCACGAUAAGAUCCAGUAAAAGCGAUUGGCAGAUCAAGAAGAGGCGUCUGAAGUCCGCACUUCAGCAACACUACAGAAUACCCAAUGCUGACGCAAACUUCGCCACAGGACCGCCCAGCAGCAACGGGAACGAGGGGCGUCGUACACCACAUACACCUCUUGACAGUUUCACUCCUCCAGAUCCUAGUCGACUCUCCAUCUCGGCUGGCCAGUCGAAAUGGGGUGCCUCGCUGAACAGCAGCACCGUGAGUAACAGUCUGUUCCCUCCUGCUACGCCAACUGCCCAAAGGGACUACCAGUUCCCUUUUGCCAACAACGGAAUGGCUCCGAACGUUCAGGGAGUGACGCAGAACGACGUGGACACCAGUCUCGCCGCUCGGUUUAACGAAGUCGUCUUGUACGGCAAUGGAGAGUUUUCGCAGGUUUUCCGCGUCGAAGGUCGCAUCGAAAACCCGCUUGCGCCAUCCCAGCAGUCCAUGCGUGGCGGUGUUUGGGCCGUGAAAAAGACGAAGAAGCCGUUCACUGGUCCGCGCGAUCGUGAGCGCAAGUAUCGCGAGGUCGAGAUCCUGAGAGCGUUGAAGGGCAACGACCAUAUCAUCAGUUUUGUAGAUGCAUGGGAGUCUAAGGGCCAUCUGUACAUCCAAACCGAGUUUUGCGAAGACGGCAACUUGCGUGACUUUACGAUGAGACACGGCGCCAAAGGUCGGCUGGACGACUUCAGGAUCUGGAAGAUCUUGCUCGAGCUGGCCCUGGGCGUCAAGCACAUCCACGAGAGCGGCUUCAUUCAUCUCGAUCUCAAGCCUGCAAACGUACUUAUCGACUUCGAGGGCGUUCUGAAGAUUGCAGACUUUGGUCUCGCAAGCACGUGGCCUCCACCUGCCGACAUCGACGGCGAGGGCGACAGGGAGUACAUGGCUGCCGAGGUCCUUCAGGGCCGUUUUGACAAACCUGCUGAUGUCUACGCAAUCGGCAUCAUGAUUCUCGAAAUCGCGGCCAACAUGGAGCUGCCCAGCUACGGAGAAGGCUGGCAGCGCCUACGACACGGCAAUCUGGCUAACAUACCCAGCCUUACAUUCAGUUCGGCAUCAACGCUGCCACGCACCGAGGAUGGUGACCCGAUCAGUCCGUCUAAACUUGGCAGCGACGCCACGAACCCGCCGUCGGACGACUCGAGCGCAUCCAACGAGUCGACGUUGCCUCAGACAACAAUUGCGUCGCGCAGACCUUUCGACUUGGCGAACCCGCCCAACUUCAUGGUCGACCCGGAGGAUGAAAGGUCCCUCGAAUCAGUCGUCGUGCUCAUGAUGCAGGAGGAUCCGGACAGGAGACCGACCAUAGAGCAGGUCUACCAAUUUCCGGGCGUUCGAUGGGUGGAAAAAAGGAGACGCGCAGGAGCGACCAUCUACGAAGGGCCUUUUGGACCCGGAGACGAAGUCCUGAUGGGCGAUGGGGAUGUUGACAUGAUGGACGUGUGAGCCGAACUGCUGCUGCCCUUUUGCGGCGUAGGGACUCUUUUUAUUCCCGCGCUUAAUGUGAGCUCUUCAGGCGUCAUCCAUCGUGCGAUUAUCCGGCACACGUUUUACACCCAUAUCCAUCUUGCUAUUUUCUUGCAUUGUAUUGCAUCAGCGCUUCGUUCUCUCUGCUUCAGUCUUCCCAUCCGAAAUGCGAACAGACAUGCACAAUGGCGAAUGGUUGUUUUGUUUUGGUUCUUGGGGGUGUUUUUUCAUCCUCGCAAAGACUACUUGGCAUUGCAGGAGAUUUAGGGACUCUGUAUCGAUACUCGACGCAACUGAUUCACGAUCACGAUGAUGAUGUGCGGUAUCACGUUUGGGCGGCGUUUGAGCAUCUUGGGCGUCCGGUGGGCUUUUGCUUCUCUUUCUUCUGGCCAUGGAGGGCCUUUUUGUUGUGAUGAAAUGUGUAAUGACUAUUCGCAAGUGUGAACGGGCGAGUUUAUACGCCCCGAGUCUCCGGACCUUGGGAUUCUUGAGGCUGAAAAGGGCAGAGAGAACCAGGUCGGGAACAUUUUGCCUUCAUGCUGCUCGACAAGCAUGGACGCUUUAGAUAGAACCUAAAGAAAAAGAAUCAAAAUGGCUGGUAUGGGUGAAUCAUGC